AUGGAGAUGCUGGCUGAUGAACCCCUUGACUUUUCUGUAACCCGAUUGCCAUUCUUCUUGCGUCCAGAGCUUCCAGGGAUGAAUAAGACGCUUCUUGGACACGACUCUGACCCGGAUCUGGGAAGGACUUGGGAGCUGAAAGAAUCUCCCGGUACCUGGGGUCAGCAAAUGGAUCGCUACACCAGGAAACAUCCUGAGAAGUUCGGUGGUGAAAGCCAAGCGCCUGACGCCCGUGUGGGGAUCAGUUGGCAAGCCUCCGAGGUGGGGUUGAAGUUUACCUUUGACCAGCACAUGAGCAACUCCAUGGAUGCUUUGCGAUUGUUGAUGAAGGUCCAGAAGGAGCAGCCCCCCAAGGUGCGGGAGGAAUUCUUUGAGGUUGUUUCUCGCAAGUACUUCACAGAAGGCCGACCCUUGGCGGAUCAUUCCAUGCUACUUGAGGCGGCUCGUGAGGUGCAGGUUCCCACAGAGGGUUUGCUGCAGUGGCUGCAGAGUGGUGAGGGCACUUGGGAGAUCCAGCGGAAGUACGCCGAGAUCUUUUAUGGCUGGGGAUACACUUCAGUUCCGGUCACGCUGGUCAGUUGUGAAGGUGUGGAUCAGCACAUCCAAGGCUCUCAGCAUUUGGAUGACGCUCUGGCCGCAAUCGGAAAUUCUGGGGCCCAGCCGAAUCCUGGGCUUCACAUCAUGCCAGUGCCAUGGCCUGAGCUCCCCAGCACCAUUCCUCGGCCGGAAGAGCGUGGCAUCACCGUGCAGCAGCUGCGCGAGUUGCGUCUCUUCCUACAGCGACUCUGCAAGACGGGGCUGCUGAGAAAGGAUGACAAAGCCAUCAACUGGCACAUGUUGAACCAGUACCACAUCAGCGAGUUGGUCCUGGUACCAGUCAUUUCUCACCUCCAUUUCAAGCAGCAGUUGGAAGGACCACCCCGACGGUCAUGGGUAGAGAUGGUGGCUGCAGGACCACAAAAGCCUCAGAUUUUGAUGAGCCAUUCCUGGGGCGGCUACUUUCGAGACUUCAUGGCUGUGAUAGACAAGGUGGUUGCUGACAGAGGAUGCAGCCCUUUGACUCCGAUUUGGGUUUGUACCUUUGCAAACUCGCAGUUUGGGGAGAACUUUGGUCCAACUCUGGAGGAAAGCCCCUUCUUCCGUGCCAUCUCCGUGGCAGAAGGCACUGUGCUGGUGGUGGAUCGAGAAGCUGGAUCCCUGACCCGGAUCUGGUGCGGCCUGGAACUACAUUUCACUGACAAACUGCAGAAAGAUUUGCAGGUCUACACCCCGAGUGGUCGCAUUGGUUCCCAGUUGGUCACUUCGGGCCCUUUGGUGGAAGCGAUUGCCGGCUGGGACGUGACAUGCUGUGAGGCCACACAGCCCAGCGACCGCCGGCAGAUCCUGAACUAUUUGGUGAACCCCAUGGGAGAGAAGAAUGGACUGGUGAAAGGUGCCGAUGGCCAUCUAGUCUUGGAACAGGGUUGGAGGAAACUGCUGGAAGAUGAUGCGAAAGACGCGACCAAAAUGCGCACUACAGGUGAGGCAGAAUAUCUACAUGAGGCAGAGCUCUUUCGAGAACAUGCAGAUGCAUUUUCCAAUCUGAAUCAGAUGGUUCGGAACAAAGUCAAAGAAGCAAUUUGUGUGCUGGAAACAAGCAAGACGGGAUGCAGGAUCAACCCCAUUGAGCAACGCGGAAUUAUGUUUGGCAGACUGCGUGAAUUCUUGAAGGCUUUGAAGCAGGAGAUUUGUGCACACAUUGACUUCGAGUAUGAGACAGUGACUACGCGUGAAGUAGUGAGCACAAUAUUCAAAAAGCGCUAUAUCGACGUUUCACAUUCUGAGAUUGUGAACGAUCGGCCGACCUUUCCGACGUAUAUUAUUGAACACUUGUGGGACAUGAGGUUCUCGGAACUCGUUGCGGGCAUUGAAUGGUUCGCGGAGGCACGGCAACUUAGCGACACCUCGGCGAUCUGGUUGGAUCUGGCGGCCUAUCGCCAUGGCAUCGCCGGGGAAAUGUUCCGCCCAGAGCAGGAGAAUGUGCUGGGAAAGCUGAACGGAAUCACGGAGGGUAGAGCCUUCCUUUGGCCCGGCAAUGGUGUGGACAUCAACCGGGCUUGGUUCAUGCAUGCGUUGCACGUGACCCGCAAAAGCGCCAAACUCAUCGAUUUCGUGACCUCCACGGGGGCCGUGGCCUGUAGCGUGGCGUUCCCCGAUGGCUCCUGGGCCUUUGGGAACUUUGACGCCAGCAUUGCGCAGCAGUUGGUGGAGCUGGAUGCCAAUGCCAGCAAGGCCACAGAGCAACGGGAUCUCGACAUGAUCUUCAACGUUCUGAGAUCAGCCAAAGGCGGUUUCAAGCGUUUCCAGCAACGACUCUGCCGCAUUGCCGCCGGGCCUGUGAUUCGAGAGGCUGCAGCACGCGGCAAGGCCGAGGAUAUCUCGCAGAUUCUGCGACUUUGCGGGUCCUCAGGCUUGGUCAUCAACAGCAGCUCGCUGGGAGGCAGCUUGGGAGAGAUGGCAACCCACGUGGCCGCCGCUGCGGGUCACGUUGAAGUUCUUGAAGCCCUUCUAAAUCUGAGUGCAGAUCCGAAUGCAGAGGACCAGAUUAACGAGACACCAUUGCACUACGCAGCUUUUACGGGACAUCUCGAUUGCGUGAAACUGCUUUUGUCCCGGAGUGCCAAUGUUUGUGCUGAGUCAGCCUUUGGUGAAACGCCUCUGGACGUUGCUAGCGACAACAUCGCAGAAUUCUGUGGUGUGGAGACGCGUAGCAUUUGCACACUCCUGGACAUUUGGGCGGCCUAUUUGCAAGUCUUCCAGCGUUUGCUGGACGAGCCUCUCCCCAAUAAAGCAGCUGACCAAAAGCUACCCAUUUGGGAGAAGUAUGCGAGGAUGGCCCAAGUGGCUGGCACGCCAAAUGGAAAGGACUUCUCUUGGGAAGCUCACGACAUCUUCAAUGGUGAAACCGCCCAGAACCUGCGGUCACAAGGUUGCAAGGCUAGCUGA